AUGGCGCCUGCGAACGCAAUGAGGCUAUGUACUGAAGCUUGCAAAACUGACGACGUGCUCCGGAUGGAACAAGCCAUAUCUGUCGCCUCACAAUCUGGCUCUCGCUUCACUGUGCAGGACGUCGUCCAGCGCGGUCUCAGACGGGCGGCGGCCAGGAGCGCAGUUCAGGUGCUUCGAUAUGUGAUCGAACAGGGUGUCGACAUCAAAAAGCUGGUAGCCAAAGACAUCAUGAUCAACGAUGAACCUCUCGAGCCAUCGGUUGAAGUGCUUGAGAUCCUGGUUGCUCAUGGAUGGGACGUCAACAGCCGAGGCGACAGCUGGCCAUUGCUGUGGUACGUGGUGGAAUAUCCUGAUCUUGUCAGAUGGUGCUUGGAUCAUAGGGCUGAAGUAGACAUUCCUGAUGAUCCGCCUCAAGCCAAUGCAGACGGCACAGAGAGUAGAACAAAACUCCCGCGGCCCACAAUUCUCAGCUUGGCCGCGUCUUCGAGCAGUAUUGAGACAUUUGAGCUGCUGCGAGCCCAAGGCGCCCCUCUGGAUCAACGAACACUGCACCUCGCUGUCAAGACAGCCACGUCGCUUGCACCAAAGGGGGGAUCAACUGGCCAUGUCCGGCGUCUUGUGCCAAGUCUUGCGGGAACUUUUCCUUCCUGCAAGCCGUGCAGGACUGGCGAGGCCGAGAAUCGGAAAGAUGAUGCAUAUAUUACUGUCUCUCAACCUUUCAAGAUGAUUGACAACACAAGAGUAACAUAA